AUGACUUCAACCAGUCUGGGCGACCUUCCUGCCGCUACAGCCCCUGCCAGCUACGUCCAAGACUUGACUCAUCCACCGGAGACGAAGCACAUCAAUGCUGGCAUCACAACAUCUGUUGUUGGAAUGGUCGUUUCGACGCUCUUCAUUCUACUGCGCAUAUAUACCAAAGCUGUGCUUGCCCACAUUUUUGGCAUCGGCGACGUUGCGCUGCUACUGGCAUGGCUAAUCUCAGUAGCACUCCAGAUCAUGGUAGUCUGGCUAUGGGCAGUGGAGCACAUUGGUGUGCACAUAUGGAAUCUGACAAUCAGUGAGACGAACCUGGCAGUGCUGCUGGUCUCAGUCUGCUCCAUACUUUACAUUCCUUUGAUGGCGCUGGCGAAGUUCUCACUCCUGCUAUUCUAUCGCAAACUAUCACUGGAGCGCUGGCUCGCAUACGAUGUCUACGGGAUCAUGACCUUCAUAGUCAGCUACAGCAUCGCACUGGGCUUUGCCUUCACUUUUGCCUGCACUCCCCUUGAAAGGAAUUGGGCCAUCACAAUCACUACAGGCCACUGCGUCAAUAAAGGUGCCCUCUACCUCGCUACAGCAGGUCUCAAUGCCGCGACGGACGUGACUCUCCUGAUCCUCCCGAUCCCAAUAAUAGCCAAGCUUCACGUGCCUUUGGUGCAAAAGCUCGGCCUGGUCGCCAUGUUCUCUAUUGGCUCGUUGACACUCAUCACAAGCCUUGUCCGCUUGUCGCUCCUUCCACCUAUGGUCACCGAUCUCGGUACCACAUGGGCAAUCUCUACUCCCGCGAUUUGGAUAUGCAUCGAAGCCAAUCUGGUGAUCAUCUGUGGCUGUUUGCCGAUCUUGCGUCUUUUCUUUCGACACGUAGCGCCACGCCUGAUCGGCAAACAUACGGAGACAGCCGCGUCUGGCCCAAUGGGGUCAUUUGGUAAGAAGCCUAUUCAGACCCCAGCUGAACUUUCGACUCUCGACGGACGGGAACGGCGGCAAGACAACGAGCAUCCAUAUGGCCGGAUGACCGAGUGGGACGAGUGGGAGAAGGACAUGUGUAAUGACGAGAGUUCGGAGGAGUAUAUCAUGGAUGCGAAUGGCAGAAUUGUCGCCACGAAGCUGCCGAGAGUAAAAGAAGAGGAGGAGGAGCCACAAAUGAUACUACGAAGUCAAAGUCAGCGACCAAGGUUCAUGCCGCAGCGGACCGAUAGUCAGAAAUCAACGAUGCUGCGUCGUAACGACAGUCAGAGGUCGAAGGUGCUACCUCGGACGAGAAGUCAGCGCUCGACAGCAACGGCGAAGAGUCGACUAUCCUAUCCUACCCGGUUCUCCGCAGAGUCAGCAGAGCCAGGCAUAACGAUUCCACCGCCCACAUACGUGAUAGGGCGGGAUGAAGAUGGGAGGUACUCCUUGAGGUCGAACCCGUAA